AAAGGCCCAAACCAGACCCCGGUGGCUGCCAUCUGUCUGACCAGCCUGCUCACGAUGGCCUUCAUCUUCAUCGGCCAGGUCAACGUGCUCGCUCCCAUCGUCACCAUCAACUUCAUGCUCACCUACAGCUUCAUCGACUACUCUUACUUCAGCGUGGCCAUGACCUUCCAGCUGCAGAGCAAAGACAAAAGGGACGCCAGAAGAAACCAGCGCAGGUCUGCGAGACAGAGCUCCAGGCUGCUUAUUGAAGAUCCUCUCCCCAACUAUGGGAGCAGAGGCGAGAGUCUGCAGAGCAAAGGCACUUUAUCGGAGUUCACCAAGGACAUGGAUCAGAUGUUUCCCCCUGUCUCAAAUGUUGACGCGGGGGCUGAGAAGUCCUUUUCUGUGCAAGAGUUGAGCAGCCAAGGAAAGAGCAGGAAGGCUGCUGCUAAACAGAAGCUGAUGAACAGCUUUGGUUUGGACCUGAACAGAAACAUGUCCUCAGAAGAAGAGAAAGGAGAGGAAACGAGUUCAGCUCCGCCAUACGAGGAAGCUGAGGUGCAGUCAGGGAGUGGUGAGCCCAGAGCUAGAGAAGAGUCCCAGGUCAAAAACUGUACAAAAGAACAGGAUUUAUGUGCCGACCAUCACAACCACAACACAGGUGCUGAAGGUAAAGCAGAACACCAGAGCUUCGAAAUCAAAGCCAUGCGAGAUUCAUGCUACACAAAGUUCUGCAACCACUGGAUCGCUCUCAUCGGGGCAUUGAGCUCUAUAGUGAUCAUGUUUGUUAUCCAGUGGGUUUAUGCCUUAGCAAACAUAGUCGUGGCCUUGCUGCUCUUCUUCUACAUCGGGAAAACAAGCCCUGGACUUCCUAUAG